AGGGAGGGGCAAGCAAGUUGUGUCCAGAGUGAGCGAGAGGGGGAGGGGGUUGAGAAUGCAGAAGAAGCAACAGCUUGAGAUUCCUAGGGAACCGGACAGAAGGAAAGUCUGAGCAGCUCCUACAAGACAAUGAAGUACAGAGGGAAGGAUGGGGUGGAGAAGCAUGAAAAUAUUACUAAGAUAACUUAAAGGAACAUAGCAGCCAAGAAAGGAGUGGAGGAAUUUGUUCUUGGGCAAGACAUGAGAAGAAAGUGGGCUGAUAGAUUAAGAGAACAGCAGAGCAGCAGAGAAGUGAUAAAAAGCCAGGCCUGUCAGUAGAGAAACGAGAGGGGAAAAGAGAGCAAGUGGCAGUUAAAUUAAGAGGAGGGAGGGAGGGUGAGGAGCUUAACGUUCUGAGAGAAAGAGAGAGUAAAGAAAAGGGUGCAGUCGUCAAGAAACAGACUCAGGGAUAAAAUAAGGAGAGGACGGCAGAGCACAAGAGGAAGUCGUUGGCAGCAGGAACAUCCGCAUUUAAAUGAGAGUUUAGGAGAGCACAUGCAUGUCAGCGGCUAUGUGUGCGCCAAAGCUUGUGUGUGAGAGUGGAUGCGCGUUAUGAGGACUCUUAUGCUCUGGUUCCUUCCGAUCAUCCUUCUGUGUUCCUUCUGCAGUGUGGCCUUCUGGAUAUUCCUCUCUAACAAUAAUGUAAACCCUCACCCUUCAUCUAGGAUUCCUCAAAAAAGCUCAGAAACAAAAUCUUGCAAUGGAUGCAGCAAAGACAAUGUAUUAAUUGCCAAGGCACUGGAGAACUACUCACACAAAUGGAAAAAACAUGAGGCAAACUUUACAAAAUUCAGGUCAUUAAUGAGUAGCAAAUGCCAUGCUGUGUCGAAGGCUGUGGUCACACAGAAUAACACCCCACUGGGGUCAAAAGUUAUCUAUGAUGGAGAGAGGAGAAAGCCGCUACAGGUGACACAAGCCCUGUUCAACAUAUUAGCUAAGGAGCAGCCCUUUGGAAAUGCAACAUGGGAGUCGUGUGCUGUGGUGGGGAAUGGAGGUAUUCUGGCCAACAGCAGCUGUGGAAAAGAAAUAAAUUCAGCCCACAUACUUAUUAGAUGCAACCUUCCACCAUUGGAUAACAGAUAUGAGAAAGAUGUGGGCAACAAAACCAAUCUGGUGACUGCAAAUCCCAGCAUCCUCCAUGAGAAGUACAGUGGACUGAUGGAGCGUCGUCGUCCAUUUGUGGAAAGCCUUCAUCCUUAUGGACAAGCCUUAUUGCUGUUGCCAGCCUUCUCCUACGGUCACAACACGCCUGUAUCCCUGCGUGCCUUUUACACACUGGAGGACUUUGGCAGCGACAGCCCGCUGCCCGUUUUCCUGAAUCCAGAAUACUUGAGGAGGCUGUCGAAGUUUUGGCGCGAGAGAGGUCUUAACUCGGUUCGUCCCAGCACAGGACUCAUCAUGGCCAGCUUAGCACUAGAAAUCUGUUCAAACGUACAUUUAUAUGGUUUUUGGCCCUUCAACAAACAUCCAAAUGACAGUCGGCCAAUCACCAACCAUUACUACGAUGAUCGGGCCAGCAAGAAGAAUGUGCAUUCUAUGCCGUCCGAAUUCGAACAUUUAUUAAAACUUCACAAGCAAGGUGUGAUUCACAUACACCUUGGUGAGUGUCAACCCACUUUAAGUUAAAGGCCUUGCUUGCAGUGUACUGCACACCCCUAAAUAAUACCUCACAGUUUGAUUAAGGACUACAACAGGCCACUGGAUGGGUCUGGAAAGACAGCUGUGAAUGCGCACUGAAUUUAUAUUGCCUAUAUUGCUGUGCACAUUUGCUCAAAGCAGCAGCCAUGACCAUGCACAAAAAAAAUCUUUGACAUAAUCUUGCACACAAAAAUAGCUGAAACCGAAUGUAAUUAUUUUAGCCUUGGUAUACGUUGAAAGAAUUUCAUUAGGAAAAUGACUCCUAGAGCAGCACCCCUAAACACUCCUUAAGCAGACUUGCCUUAGUCAGCUUUUAGCGUGCUCGCUGUUGGUGCUCCUCCAGCUCUGUUGCAUUCAUCACAAGUGCCAGUCUGUCCUCUUUAGCAGUUGUUAGCAGUAAAUAUGAAUUUGAUCUCAGCUGUGCAGAAAUACCUGUAUUAGCAGCACUGGAUUAUAACUCCAGGACUCAGAUCUCAGGAGAUUGCAGAAAUGUCUGGAUGUUUGGAAACAUCACACUACUGUAUAUUUACACUGAGAAACAAUAGGAAGCAUGGAUGUGGGUUAGCAAAACAGAGUAAGAAUAUGAGAGGUGUAAAAGCUGACAAUAGUGGCAAAUUUCAAAUGUGCCAUUAUUGAAUGCCCUGUCUGAGCACAUUAUGACUCUUACAGCAAUCACUGUAAAGUAAGUAAAAUUUGCUUUGAAUGAUUAAAUAUCAAUUUGUGAUUUUUUUUUUCUCCUUUACCUUUAAACCUUAAAGAGAUUUCCCCAAAAAAGAAAUUUCUGUCAACAUUUACUCACUCUCAUGUCAGAACAUAAAUGAUAUUUCGGAGAAUGCUGGAAACCUGUCUAUUUUUGUUACCUUUGACUUUCAAUGUACUUGUUGUUGACUGAAAACACUCCUUGAUGCAUUUGUGAGUUUAGACAUGAGUAAAUGACAAAAUAUAUUUUUUUCUGUGAAACAUUCCUUUAAAUCAUCUGCAGAAUUAUUCAUUCACUCAUUUGUUCCAGUCUUAAUUUGCUUCUCUCAAAAUAUUUUACAAAGUAAACUCAUGCUGACUCUUUCCAUUUGAAGGGGAAUAAACAAUAAGGCAUUCAGGGAUAGACUGAUGACAGUGAGUUGGCCAGUAGAAAGGCUUUUUGGGGUCAGAUGUUCUCACUGGAGCUUGUUAUGAUAGAUCAGCUUGGCAACUUGUGCCUUCUGAAAUUCCUCUGCUUGUGAAUAAAAGAAGGUGUUGACGGAUGGGCCCCAAUUACAUAAAACUGUACCAUCAAACUACAAUGGACAAAUUAGUUUCCUUGAAUUAAAUCUUGUGUGAAAAUUUCAUUAAACUAACAAACAAAUUAA